AUGACUGCUGGACUAGAGAGAGUUGGGAACACGCAGCAGUCACCCAUCGUGUGCGCUUGUUGGCUUCCCUGCAGGUUUUGGUUGGUGAUUAAGGAAGAUGGACACAUGGUCACAGCCCGGCAGGAGCCUCAGCUGGUGCUGGUCUCCAUCACCUUUGAGAAUGACUGCCUGAUCUUCAAGGCUCCAGACAUGGACCAGGUGGUUUUACCUACCAAGCUGCCUUCCUCGAACAAGAUCCAUGACUGCAGGAUCUUUGGCAUUGACAUUCAAGGCCGAGACUGUGGGGAUGAGAUAGCCCAGUGGUUCACCAAGUUCUUGAAAACAGAAGCAUUCAGGUUAGUUCAGUUUGAAACCAACAUGAAGGGACGAGUAUCAAAGAAGAUUUUACCUACUAAUGAGAAUUACCAGGUGGCCUAUCCAGACGCCAGCCCCGUGCACAUACUCUCUGAUGCCUCCCUGGCAGAUCUGAACACCAGGCUCAAGAAAAAAGUCACCAUGGAGAACUUCAGGCCAAAUAUCGUGGUGACAGGCUGCGGUGCUUUUGAGGAGGAUACCUGGGAUGAGCUGGUGAUUGGUGACGUGGAGCUGAAGAAGGUUCAGUGUUGCUCUCGGUGCAUCAUGACCACAGUGGACCCCGACACUGGAAUCAUAGACAGGAAGGAGCCCCUGGAAACCCUGAAAAGCUACCGUCUGUGCGAUCCUUCUGAGAGGCACCUGUACAAGUCCUCCCCACUUUUUGGGGUCUAUUAUUCUGUGACAAAAGUUGGAAACCUGCAAGUUGGCGACCCUGUGUAUCGGCUGGUGGAGUGAGGAUCCAGCGGGGUGCCUGGUAAAAGCUCGACUUUGUGCCUAGAUCUCCGUGUCGCCCAGCUGUCUCCUCGUUUGCUUGUGUGAAGAUGGUUUUUACAUUAUGCUACUUUGAUUCUUUGGCAAAUGAACAGUUGGUGAAGUGGAAAAAUGUCCUUGUGUUCCAUUCCCUUUCAGUAAUCUGUAUGCUUUUACU